AUGUUGCAAUCAAAAUUAUCGACACACUUCAACGACAUGUUAGAAAAAAAGGCUAGGUCACAAACAGAUUUUAUAAUCCGUUUUCUUCCACGAGAAUUACAAAUUUUACCGAUGCUCAACCAUGCAAACAUUAUUGGAAUUUAUGAAAUAAUCAAUUCUGGCACAACAGUUUGCAUCAUUCAAGAGUAUGCUAGUGGCAAGGAUUUACUGUACCAAAUUAAAAAGAAUGAGAGACUCAAUGAAAACAUUUCCAAAUUUCUCUUUCGACAGUUACUUGAAGCGCUUAUGUAA